GGCACGCACUAGCGCAUGGUUUGCUGGUAGCGUUCUCUAUUCUAUAUCUACGAUUUUUCUUUGUUUUUUGCGUACGAUAAGGGGCAUUACGGUAAGAAGAUGAAAAAACUGAACAAUUAAUCGGCAAGGUGUAGAAUUUGGAAAACUCUCUCUCUCUCUCUCAAGUCUCGAGAGAUGGAGUUGGCCGUUAAGAGCCUUUCCUUCAGUUGCCUAAGCCCUAAGGUACGAAAGGCUAUGAACAGAAUGGCAGUUUCUCCUCACUGGCUAUCUUUGUAUUCACAUUACAGGGCAAGUUGCAGAUUUUCUGCCCCCGCUUGUGCUGUCUCUGCAGGUUUAGAAAAUGUUAGAGUUUCCGCUUCUCCUUCUGAAGACUUCUCUAUUACAACUACUACUACCUCUACGGCUAUGGAGCUAAAGAUUAAAGUUGAUGUAUAUGGAGCCAAAACACAAGCUAUAUUUGAUGAUGUUUUCUCUGAGAUGGUCUCUGCGGCACAGCCUAUUCCUGGCUUCCGAAGAGUAAAAGGAGGAAAAACUCCCAAUAUUCCCAAAGAUGUCCUCCUUCACAUACUCGGACAUUCGAAAGUAUACAUGGAAGUAAUUAAAAAAAUAAUCAACUCGACUGUUGCUGAUUAUGUAGAAAAGGAAGGUUUGAAAGUCACAAGUGAUUUGAGAGUUCAUCAGAGCUUUGAAGAACUAGAAUCUACAUUUGAACCUGGUGAAACAUUCAGCCUUGAUGCUGUAAUUCAGCUUCAAGGGGAAAAUGUAUAACGCCCGUAAUGUUGAGUAUUCAUCUCAUCACAUUCUCUCAUUUUGAAUUACAUUACUCCAUCCAGGAAUUUCAUAUGUUUUUCAGCAAAGUAAAAUUGUGACAGAUGAGACCACCUGAUGCAGUGAAUCCUCGAUGCUUGUAGCCUCUUGACUCUCCAUUAUGUUGGUUGAUCUCAUAAUUUUAUAUUUGAUGUUUUCGAACUAGGAAGGUUUGUGACUGGAAGGGGUUCCAAAUUUCAAUUUAGAUGACUUGUUCA